UCGUCAUUGAAAAUCAUUUCUGAUAAAUUUUAAUGCAAAUUUGUUUCGAAGGAAAGGAGGAGUUUUGUUUUUGCUGAAUUUUGUUAUCACGGUAAUAAUUUACUGCUUGUGUCGAGUGGAAAUUGAAAGCGUUAUAUGCCGAUUACUAUUGCUUCAACUAAUAUUGAUUAGUGAUCGACCUAAUUCAGAUAUUUACAUCCUAGGAAGGACCAGGAGCUUCUCAACGAACAAACAGACAUGCUGGUGCUAGUAUUAGGCGAUCUACACAUUCCGCAGCGGUGCAGCAGCUUGCCGGCCAAGUUCAAGAAACUGCUGGUUCCAGGUCGCAUUCACCACAUCCUCUGCACAGGAAAUUUGUGCAGCAAAGAAUCGUUCGACUAUCUGAAAACCUUGGCCAACGAUGUUCACAUCGUUCGGGGUGAUUUCGACGAGAACAUGAACUACCCAGAACAGAAGGUCGUAACGGUGGGUCAGUUUCGGGUGGGCUUGACUCAUGGCCAUCAGGUGGUACCGUGGGGCGAUCCGGAAGCCUUGGCACUGAUCCAACGGCAGUUGGACGUGGACAUACUGAUCUCGGGGCACACUCACAAGUUUGAAGCGUACGAGCAUGAGAACAAGUUCUACAUCAAUCCCGGCUCGGCUACGGGAUCGUACUCGGCGCUGGAUUCGUCUGUCAUUCCGUCUUUUGUGCUGAUGGAUAUCCAGAGCACGACCGUCGUGACGUACGUCUAUCAGCUCGUCGGGGACGAUGUCAAAGUAGAGCGAAUUGAGUAUAAGAAAAAUUAAACCCUCUCAGAUGUAUGUAUAUACUAUUAUUGAAUUAUGUUAAUCUAUUUGACUAAUAUGCGAAGAAUAAAUGAUGUAUUAUAAAUCAUUGACGCAAA